AUGGAAAAGAAGAAGGAAACGCUUCUGAACAAAAUUUACUACAACCCCAAGAACGAGGCUAGUUUUGGUGGUUUAGAAAAACUUUAUCGUGCGGCGAGAGCAACGAAAAACAACCUAAAUAUUAGUCGAAAUGACGUGCGUGAAUGGUUACGCUCGCAAGAGAUAUAUAGCUUACACAAGCCUGUCCGGAAAAAUUAUCCUCGAACGAGAGUUUUUGUUGCCGGUAUAGAUGGUCAAUUUGAAGCUGAUUUGGCGGACUUUCAGUCGCUUAGUGCACAGAAUGAUAACUAUAGGUUUUUACUUGUUUGUAUCGACUGUUUCAGUAAAUAUGCCUGGGUUAGAGCGGUGAAAAAUAAGACAGGGCCAGUCGUUACACGUGCUUUUCGAGACAUUUUGGAACAAGGCCGGGUGCCGAACUAUCUCCAUACCGAUCAGGGCACAGAGUUUUUGAAUUAACAAUUCCGAAAUCUCAUGAAGCAAUACAGUAUUCAGUUUUUUACCACCAACAGUGAGACAAAAGCAAGCAUAGCCGAAAGAUUUAUAAGGACAUUAAAACUAAAAAAUAUAUCGUUAUUUCACGGCAAAAAACACUGUCCGUUAUAUUGACGCACUGCAAGAUAUAGUAUACUCGUACAAUCACACUCUUCACAGGACGAUCAAGGAAAUUCCAGCUAAUGUGACCAGGAAAAAUGAAUUCCAAGUCAGGCAAACGCUUUAUGGAGAGAAAAAACCCAAUCCGAAAUUUAAGUUCAAUGUAGGUGAUCUAGUAAAAAUAAAUAAGACGCGAAGACCAUUUGAGAAAGCGUAUAAUCAAGGUUGGACAGAGGAAAACGUUACCAUAGCUGAACAAAUUGCACGAAUUCCGCCAGUGUACAAAAUUAAGGAUUUUGGAAACGAAAUUCUUGAUGGGAUAUUUUACGAAGCUGAACUGCAAAAAGUCGUUAAAAAAGACGAUGUGUAUAGAGUGGAUAGCAUUCUUCGCACACGAACCAGGAACGGUCGCAAGCAAUAUCUGGUCAGUUGGAAAAAUUACCCUACAAAAUUUAACAGUUGGGUAGAUGAAAAAGAUAUAACCCACAUCAAGUAA